AUGCUGUGGAGGCCUCUACAACGCCGGAUUCCGGCCGUGAUACACCUCAGGAUUGUCCGAUGCCAUCGCCUUCCUCAUCCAUACAUUGAGUCAACACGCCAAUUGUCCAGCUCAACCACUUUCCCAACCCGUUCAGAAUUUCAUCGCUCAGACUUCACGACUCAGCCUUUUACUGGUAGCUAUGAGCCUGGGCUUCCAACGACCGGGCCGCUCGGAUCAACACCGGCAUUUGGCGCCCCGCGUAUUACCCCAAAAGUGCUGAAGCAAUAUCUCGAUCAAUACGUGGUAGGCCAAGAUCGCGCGAAGAAAGUUCUCAGCGUAGCGGUAUAUAAUCAUUAUCAGCGCGUUCAAGAGCUAUUGCGCCGCGAAGAAGAGGCAGCCGAGGCACGUGCUAAGCGACAGCGGCGGGAGGCACUUGAGAGCCAUCCGUUAGAAGAUGAGUUACCUGUCCCGCACAGAACUGGAGGGAUACCACAGACCCCAAAGCCGCAUCGCAGUACCCCCCUAGAUCUCCCGGAACUCGCCGAUACAGCGCCCUUGCAGCUAGAGAAGUCCAAUAUUCUGCUGUUGGGACCAUCUGGUGUCGGAAAAACACUUAUGGCAAAGACGCUUGCUCGGGUUCUGUCUGUCCCUUUCAGCAUUUCAGACUGCACUGUGUUCACGCAAGCCGGCUACAUCGGAGAGGACGCCGAGCAGUGUGUUCACCGACUUUUGGCAGCAGCAGAUUACAAUGUGGAACAGGCGGAGCGUGGGAUCAUUGUACUCGAUGAGGUUGACAAGAUCGCCGCAGCUAAAGUCAGCCAUGGCAAAGAUGUCGGCGGGGAAGGUGUCCAGCAGGCUCUCCUCAAGAUCAUCGAAGGUACAACUGUACAGGUUCAAGCCAAGCCCGAAAAGAAUCCGCGCACAACCAGUCCUCCGAAUAGCUAUCCCUCUAAUAGCCCACUGGGUAAUUCGCCAUUCCAAUCUAACAGUUCAGGCAACCCAGCCGCGAAGGGUGAAAUCUACAAUGUGCGCACAGACAAUAUUUUAUUCGUCUUUUCUGGAGCCUUUGUCGGACUUCACAAAGCGGUCAUGGACCGGAUAUCUCGCGGGUCCAUUGGCUUUGGUCAGCCCGUACGGGCAGCUUCGAGCACUGCGGACCGCCCAGGGUCAUCGAACCUCCCUGCCGACCAGCCCCUUCAAAUUAUUCCAGGAUCCGAAGAAGAAGCGCUAUACAAAAAGCAUCUCCCCUUCUUCAGCUCUGCAACUCCAGCUGGUCCUGGUGCCGAGCCAACCUACUUCAACCCCCUUGAUCUUCUAACUCCAGCAGAUUUGCAAAGCUAUGGGUUUAUCCCAGAGUUGAUUGGGCGUAUUCCUGUCACCGCCGCACUCUCAACUUUAUCUCAAUCUUUACUUCUACGCAUCCUUACCGAGCCCCACAACUCUCUUUUAGCGCAAUACACAACUCUAUUUUCUCUUUCAGGCGUCGAACUGCGCUUCACUACCCCGGCAUUGCAUAAACUCGCUGCCAAUGCCUUCACAAUGGGUACGGGCGCACGCGCCCUUCGUACCGAGAUGGAGACGAUUCUCAGUGAUGCAAUGUUUGAAGCCCCCGGCUCGAGUGUGAAAUUUGUUCUCGUGACUGAGGCUGUGGCGGAGCGCAAAGAAAAGCCUCUUUAUCUUGCUCGGGGACAAGGUGGUCGGUUCCAUGCGAUGAUCUCUGCCGAGGAAAGUAAAUGGGAAGAGAAGACUGGCCGUGAAAAGAAAGAUCGAGAUAUGAAGGCCAAAGCACAGGAUGAUGCCGGAGAUAGCUCCUCUCAUCCGUCGAGCUUCCAGGAGUAUCGAGACCAAGCGAUUGGUUAA